UAUAGUACCAAAGGUUACAGGUACUGCCAUCCUACCGAGACACAGAAUUUGUACAUAUUUAAAAAGCGCAUUAUUUCCGUGUUUUGGCAUGGGGGAACCCCGGGGUAAAAUUUACCUGAAGAACCGUGGGUGCUUCAUAUGCGUAUUUUACGCAACCCACCAGAUUAGUCACAGUCAUCAAUAAACUCUGGCGGCUUGUGAGUGAAGAACUCCCUCGAUAUCUUGGCUGCCCGCAACGCAAUGGCAUGUGGAGCAGCCGCAGACGUAGCGAGCGUGGUGUCGUCCGCGCCGGGUGAGAACGAGUAUCCGUCGGGCUUCCCUCGGAGCAUCUGUGACGAGGUCCCCAAGGACAAGUAUCUGUGCAGCAGCUGCAGUAACGUGCUGAACAAGGCGCACCAGACCGUGUGUGGCCACCGCUACUGUCUUGCUUGCAUCAACUGGCUCAUAAGAACCAACAAGGAUCUUGUGUGUACGAAGUGUAAAGACGACCCCAACAGUGACAGUGACACCAGCAUACUGACGCUUGACCACUUUUUCAAUGACGCUGCCAUCAAUAAGGAGAUCCUGGAGCUUAAGGUUCACUGUGUGAACCAGGGCUGUCCCUGGAGGAGUACUCUAAAGAACUUUGAGGAACACCAGAGUCAGUGUGACUUUGCCCUGAUCCCCUGUAACAUUGGCUGUGGCUUGAUGGUACUGCGGAAAACUCUGGUCACCCAUCUGGAGAAAGGCUGCCCCAACAAUAAGAUCACAUGUUCCACAUGCUCUUGCAGUUUGACCCAUGCAGAACUCCAGAAACAUUCGUGUUUUGAUGCAAGUGAAAAGAAGCCAGCAAAAGUAGAGAAACGUCAGAAGGAUAAUAAGCAUGCAAGCUCCAAGCGGAAAGAGCCAUGUAUCUUCUCCGAAGUUGGAUGCACAUUUAAGGGAAACACAGAGAAGGUGCGGGAGCACGAGAGCUGCAGUCCUGUUUGCCACCUCCAACUCCUCCUGGGGGCCAUGCGGAACCUCCAGCCUCCGGUGCAGUCGCCGCCAGAGCAGAGCGUCCAGUACCCUGGGCUGGAUCUGCUCCUCACUGGGCAGGACACGGCCUUGCUCGGUUCCCAAGGCCCCGGGGAACUGGAGUCCGACGGGGGGGACGGAGGGGUGAGCGACAAGGCCCUCAGCCUCCACGAUGACCAUGCUGAACUGGAGGUGGGUCGGCAGCUCCACGCACUUCAGCAGAGGCUGCAGAUCAUGGAGAACAUCGUCUCGGCCCUCAGCCGAGAGGUGGAGAACACCCAGCUCAACGUGGCAGCCCUGGAGAGAGACAAUAACACAAGCAUGCAGGUCGUGCAGCACUUAGAGACCGUGGUUGUAGAGCAGCAGCAGAGACUGAUCAGGAAAGACAUGCACAUCGCCUCCCUACAGCAGAGCAUCAACGCCCUGCAUGACGUCUCCUAUGACGGCACAUUCCUCUGGAAGAUCUGUGGCGUCAGCCAGAGGUUGCGAGAAGCAGCCAAGGGGCAAAGGAGCAGUCAGUACUCUCCAGCCUUUUAUACAUCCAGGUAUGGAUUUAAAGUGUGCAUGCGACUGUACUUGUACGGAGACGGCGUGGGGAAAGGGUCACACAUCUCCCUUUUCUUCGUCAUUAUGAAAGGAGAGUAUGACCCGCUUCUUUCGUGGCCCUUUAAGCAUAAGGUGACGUUCUUCCUCAUCGACCAGAACCAGCGCGAGCACGUCAUCGACGCAUUCCGGCCCGACCUCUCGUCCGCAUCCUUCAAGCGGCCGGUCUCUGACAUGAACGUGGCCAGCGGGUGCCCUAUGUUCUUUCCUCUGGCCAAGCUCCAUUCACCCAAGCACGCCUACUGCAGGGACGACACGCUGUUUAUCAAGUGUGUGGUGGACUCUUCCUAAGCACAAGGGGGGACCUGUGGGAGUGGCUAACUAGACACCUGACACCUAGCCCCACCCAUCCCUUUGCUCUCUCCCACAAAGCUUAAUAUGUAAAACUCCCAAAAAAAAAAGAGAGAGAAAAGAUUUUCAAGUCUUGAUCUGUGGAAAAGAUGCUAUGAGUUUCUGCUUAUUUUAUGAUAUGCAGAGUGAACAAAAUGCAAAAUGUGACGUUAUUCAAGCAAUUAGCCUUUAUGAAACCGACAGCUUAUCUGUGUACAUGCAGUCUGAAUGAACUGAACGUGACAAGCCCUAGUGAUCCUGGUUUUGUGAGUCAUAAGGCUAGCCACUCUUAUUCUGCCUUUGGUUAAACUUAUAUUUAAAUCUGCUUAAAUGAUCUGAUCAGAAAAACCAUAAUCCCCGGAGUAGUUCAUAUUUACAAGAAGACAUGUGGAUUAUGUUUCUGAUUUGACAUUCAAAUUUUAAACCUUUUCUAAAAGUGUAAACCUUUUACUAUAUUUUAUUAUGUUUAAUUACAUUUAAUA